AUGUCUGAACAGGAAAAAAAGAGCGGUUCCCCAGGGACCGGUAGCACACCGGUAGUUAUGGUGAGCCAAACGUCAGGCAAUCGACAAAAACAACCAUACCGCUCUACAGAAUUACAAGAAGAGGCGACCGAGCUCCACCACAAAAGAUCACACGCGCCUGGUGUGCCAUUUCUAUCCCAUGACAAACAGAAGCAGAGUUUGGCGAAGAAAUUGUCUUCAAGCACUAAGAAAUACGACACCGCUGAACAACGCGAUUACGAAACAAUUACGUUGGCGCCAUUAAAAGUGGAAACAAAGGUAGGCCAAAGGAUCAAGCCGAUCGGAAAGACCUUGAUCGUCAAAAACCCUAGCUGCCCUACUUUGGAUGCGGUCAAAUGGAAGAAGUUGGUAACAGCGGGGUCCAGCCCAGAGCUAGAUGCAGUCUUGGCGCCUAAAAUUCCUGCAAAUCAAUUAGAUCUAGCAAAGGAUUCUUCUGGUUCACACAUGGCGGAGAAAUCAGCCGAACAGAAAGCAGAAGAGGAAAGCAUAAAAGAUGAGGUUGUCGAGCUUACAACACCUGAAACUGCCAAAAAACAACUAGAAUGGUCCGACGACGAGGAGGCGGGCGGGCUGCCGCGCAGCGAUUCGCGCGCCUCGCGAAUCUCGCGCACUGUCCGCCAGUUCUUUUGCUGCGGCGUGCCGUACGAGGCGCCCUCGGAGGACGACGUCUCCACGGGACGCUGCGUCUCCGGGAUA